CAACCAUUCUCUCUGCACGUUUCCCAGAUCUGUCGAGGUUUUUUACCUACGUAUACUACUUCUACCCUUUCUGCAUAUAUCUAGCAGCUCCAAACCCACAGGCUACAUCACCUCUCUCUCUCUCUCUCUCUCUCUCUCUCUCUCUCAUCGCAACUGAAAACCCCUCCCCUCUCCUCUCUCGCUGUGUGCGUGUGAUAUAUAUAUAUAUAUAGUGUCGCUUCCGAUGAUGAGCCAGCCGUCGACCGAACUCGAAGGCCUAGAAGAGCAUACUAAAUCCCCAAAAAUUAAAUCCACGAUAACAUCAUCCCUAUCCCGCCUCACCCCAGUCCAUCGCACUUUACUCUUUGCUGUAAUCCUUUUCCAGGUAUUCGUCGUUUUAUACUUUACUCGUACCCGCAAUGUCUCUAUAUCCAAGUCCCCCGAACAGCCACUGCCUGAUGUGGAAGCUGCGGAAUGCGAUUCCCGUUGGAUUUACAUCUACGAUCUCCCUAGCAUGUACAAUUCCGAUCUCAAGGACAAGUGCGAGCAGUUAGACCCGUGGCAGAACAAAUGCGAAAAGAAUUUGAACGACGGCUUUGGGCAGGAGGCGAUGGAGCUGUCCGGGAUCGUGCCGGAGAGCAUCCUGCCGGCGUGGUACUGGACCGACCAGUUCUGGGGGGAGGUGAUGUUCCACAACCGGAUGCUAAAUUACGAAUGCCGGACCUUGGAGCCCGAAAACGCCACCGCGUUCUACAUACCUUUCUACGCCGGCUUCGCGGUGGGGAAGUACGCGUGGGGCAACCACACCACGAGGGAGCGGGACUGGCAUGCCGAGAUGUUGAGCAAGUGGAUCCAAGAGCAGAAAUGGUGGAAGAGAUUCAGUGGCUCCAAUCAUUUCAUCAUGCUUGGACGGGUGACGUGGGAUUUCCGGCGGUCGGGUGAGGCCGAUGCCGAAUGGGGGUCCAGCUUCCUGCACAUGCCGGCGAUGCAGAAAGUUGUCCGGAUGUCGAUCGAGCGGAACAUCUGGGACAACCUAGACAUCGCCGUGCCCUACCCAACCAUAUUCCACCCGAGGUUCGAAUCCGAUAUCAUCGAGUGGCAGAGAUUCAUCCGUAGCCGACGCCGGAACUACCUCUUCACCUUCGUCGGAGGAGCUCGCAAAUCGUUCAAGAACGAUUUCCGAGGGAUCUUGCAGAACCAGUGCCUCAACGAGUCGACCGCGUGCCGCAACGUGGACUGCAGCCGGGAAAAGUGCUCCGACGGGACGACGUCGAUCAUGGAGACCUUUCUCGACUCCGAUUUCUGUCUCCAACCGAGGGGGGACACAUUCACGAGGCGGUCGGUCUUCGAUUGCAUGUUGGCCGGUUCGAUACCGGUUUUUUUCUGGAGACGGACGGCUUACUUGCAAUACCAGUGGUUCGUGCCGGAUGAACCGGAGAGUUACUCAGUUUUUAUACACCGUGACGAUGUGCGUAACGGAACAAACAUAAGGAGAGUGUUAGAAGGGUACGGAAGAGAGGAAGUGGAAAGGAUGAGAGAGAAAAUUAUAGAAUAUAUUCCGAAAUUUGUGUAUGCGAAACCGAGCAAGGGGUUGGAGAAAACAAGGGAUGCUUUUGAUGUUGCUGUUGAUGGGAUAUUGAGCAAAAUACGAGAUGCAAUUGGAGAAGGGGAUGAUUGGAAUUGGAUGAAUGAAUAUGAAUGAUUAUUUAAAUGUACACAAUUUUUAUUUGUAUCAUAAUUUUAUUAUACUAUGUAUUAAUUUGUUGUUUUUAUUUAUAUCAAAUAUAGUGUUAUUGCACCGUGCUUAAUUCAAUCUAUGUAAGGCUCAUGAAAUUUUCUUUUGAUAACAUUUAUAGAAAAAUACAUACAGAAAUACUAAAUUUUCUCGUUA